AUGGAUGAGAUCGAGCCCUUCAUCCAGCGAAUGGCGGCUGUUCCGCGCUCUGGCCUGCACAACCCCUUCAAGCACCCUGAGAGGUACGUGAUGCUCGGGGAGGUCUGCGGAGCCGCGGCGCGCGAGAUGUUCAAGCCGGAGGUCACCGACUACUUCAUCCGCCUGAUCCAGCGCGUGGCCCCCAAGAGCUACGCCCAAGCGGGCGGUGAGAUAAAGGCGGUUAGGACGUGGCUUCAAGACUUCAGCGGCAACAAUGUCCGCAUGCUCGCCGAGUCACAGGGCUUGCCUGGAGAUCAUGUUGGACAGUCCACUGUGGGCUACCGCAUGCCGUUUGGUGGUGUCAGUGUCAUCACUCCUUUCAAUUUCCCUCUGGAGAUAUGUGGCAUCCAAUCGCUUUCCGCUGUUUUUAUGGGCAACCAGUGCACGACGAAAGUCGACUGGAAGGUUGCCAUUGUGAUGGAGCAGUUUCUCAGAAUGCUACAUCAUGUCGGGCUUCCCAAGACUGAUAUCGAUUUCAUCUACUGCGACGGUCCGGUUUUCAACGAAGUCCUUCUUCGUGGGGAUGCAAAGAUGACGCUCUUCACCGGAUCCCAGAGAAUUGCCGACAAGCUGGCUGUGGACCUCAAGGGCAAGGUGAAGCUUGAGGAUGCCGGCUUCGACUGGAAGAUUCUGGGCCCCGAUGUAAUGGAUGUGGACUACGUGGCGUGGCAAUCCGAUCAUGACGCUUACGGCUUUGCCGGUCAGAAGUGCUCGGCCCAGUCCAUGCUCUUCAUGCAUGAGAACUGGACGAAGCCGGACGUGGACAUCGUUGGCCGCCUGGGUCGGCUAGCUGGGCAGCGGAGCUUGAAGGAGCUCACCAACUGCCCCGUGCUGACUUGGCCCACAGACAAAUUCUUGGCCCACAUGAACCGGGUUUUGGCAAUCCCGGGCGCAUCCUUGGCCUUCGGGGGCAAGGAGCUGGCCGAUCAUACAGUGCCGCCACAGUAUGGAGCCGUGGAGCCGACUGCUGUGCGCAUUCCCAUCGAGGCUUUGGAGGAUCCUCCAAGCUUCGAAGUGGCCACCGUCGAGCUAUUCGGCCCUUUCCAGGUGUUAGUGGACUACAAGGAGGGCCAGCAGUCCAAGGUCAUCGAGGCCAUCAACCGAAUGCCCAACCACCUGACUGCCGGAAUUGUGUCCAACAACCCCCGCUUCAUCAACGAGGUACUGGCCAACUCCAUCACCGGCACAACCUAUGCUGGGGCGCGGGCGCGAACGACGGGUGCUCCGGUGCAGCACUGGUUUGGGCCUUCCGGCGACGUCCGAUCCGGAGGCAUGAAAGUUGUUAACAGUUUAAUGGAAUGGUAA